UAAGUGAAUCCUUUAUCUGUGACGUCACAACUGUUGUUCGACCUUUUAUCCGGCAUAUCUAACUCGCACGUUUGGGUUACCAUCAAGCCGAAAAAAUGGGUGAUGCAGAAAAGGGAAAAAAGACCUUUAUACAGAAAUGUGCACAGUGCCAUACUGUUGAAAAAGGAGGAAAGCACAAGACAGGACCAAAUUUAAAUGGUCUCUUUGGAAGAAAAACUGGACAGGCAGCAGACUUUUCUUAUACAGCAGCUAAUGUAAACAAAGGAAUUGUAUGGGGCAAAGACACUUUAUUUGAAUACUUGGAAAACCCGAAAAAAUACAUCCCAGGAACAAAGAUGGUUUUCGCUGGACUGAAAAAGAAGAGUGAACGACUGGACCUGAUUGCAUAUCUCGAACAAUCAACAAAAUAACGUGACUCAAUUUAGCAACAAAUUUAAAAACUUUGAAGAUUUUUAAUUUAAACAAGAUCAGUGAUAUAUUUGUUUUUACAGUGGCAUCUUUUUUUUUUUAAAGAAAAUAUUUGGACAUCUUGACAUAAUUUUUCUUUGUUAGGUAAUACUCAUAAUGGCUGCUGGUUUCAAAUGUUGAGUCUUUGUUAAUGUUUAAAUAAUAAAAGUACAGAAACCUUAACAAUCUGCUGUUACUUGCAUACCCAGUUAUAUACAUAGCAUUUUAAUAUGUUAACUAAGGCUUGCCACAUCAUUUUACAUCAUCUUGUAAGCCACUGAGUGGUUAAAAUGUUUCUCUCUUAACUUGUACUCUGUUUUUAAAAGAACUAAAUCAUUUGUUUUAAUAAGUGUAAUUUAUAUGUGUGAAUAAAUUUGAAUUUUUAUUACUA